AUGCCGUACCUUUCCCAUCAUUUUCAUGGAAAAGAAAGAAGAGGCGAAGAGCCACCAUGGGGAUUCGAAAAAACUCAAAAGGGGGGCGGUUUGUUGACCACCAAUAAAUUGAUGUUUCAAGGACUGGCGGGACCGCCAGCCCAACCAAUUAGAAAUAACACGACAAAUCAUUUCGACCCUCAAAACUGGCGUCACCGGAGUUCUUACAGCGAAACAUUUUUCACUCCACAACCAUUCAGCCGACACGUUAUCGAUAAAAUUUCUCCACACCGCAACCACCGACCGCACCCUAGUCACAUAAUUUGGCCACUAGCACCAAAUAAAUCUUAUAUGAUUUGGAAACCAAAAGUUCUUGAUGACACCAACAACAUUCAAUCCAAACCAUACAGCGCCCCUUCCUUGCUUCGCCAGUAUAAUGAAAACAACUGGAAAACCACGUCACAGACAACUUAUCAAAACUACUUUGACACGAAACGCCUGCAACCCUUUCAACAACAUAGAAACAAGCCUCAUAGUCAACUAGAUGAGAGAGGGGACAGGAUAGAAUUAAAAAGUCGAUCGUGUAUAGAGACUGCAUCCACGCCCCAACAUUUACGCACGAUGUACAAAAGUACCUACGUUGGAGAGCCAGGUAGACCUUCGACAAAUUCAAGACCUCCUGAUUAUUCGUGGAGAAACAUAAAAUAUUAG